AUGACAAUGAUGAAGAUGAUCAACAUACUCAGUGUAGCAUUUUCCGUCGCUCUUCUAAUGAGAGGGUGUGACGCACAACUGAAUGAGUGUGGCAGAGCACCUCUCAACACAAAGAUAGUUGGAGGACAGAAUGCAUCAGCUGGUGCUUGGCCAUGGCAGGCCAGCCUUCACAGGGCCGGUAGACAUUCUUGUGGUGGAUCACUCAUCAACAAUGAAUGGGUUCUGACUGCAGCUCACUGCUUUGCAAGUACUUCACUCAGUGGCCUAAUUGUGUACCUGGGCCGACAGACACAGGAAGGAGCAAAUGCAAAUGAAGUGUCCAGGAAUGUCUCUCAAAUCAUAAAACAUCCAGACUACAAUAGCACCACUGAAGACAACGACAUCACUCUUCUGCGUCUGUCUUCACCAGUGACAUUUACUGACCAUAUCAGACCAGUCUGUCUGGCUUCAGCAAACAGUACAUUCUUUAAAAGCACUGUGAGUUGGGUCACCGGAUGGGGAAACAUUGGGACAGGAGCUUCCCUGCCCUCACCGCAAAUUCUACAGGAAGUGGACGUGCCUGUUGUUGGAAACAAGCAGUGUAAGUGUCUUUAUGGAGUCUCAACAAUCACAGACAACAUGCUAUGUGCCGGACCACUAGAUGGAGGGAAAGACUCCUGUCAGGGUGAUUCUGGCGGUCCUUUGGUCAGCAAACAGGGCUCAGUCUGGGUCCAGUCUGGAGUUGUGAGCUUCGGCAAUGGUUGUGCUUUAGCUAACCUUCCCGGUGUGUAUGCCCGAGUGUCUAAGUACCAGAACUGGAUCAAUGAGCAGAUGACCACCAACCAGCCAGGCUUUGUUACGUUCAACUCCAGUGGUACCGACGGUGACCUGGCAAUUAUCUGUAGUAGUGUGCCUGCCAUUACGACAACCACUGCCGCCACUACAACUACAACCAUUGCACCUGUAGUGUGUGGAAGUGCCAAACUGAACAGCCGUGUUGGAGGAAACAGCUCCCUCGUAUCUCCCGGUGUAUGGCCAUGGAUGGCCAGCCUGCAGUUUAACGGCAGUCACGUUUGUGGAGGAACGCUGAUUGCUGAACGGUUUGUCAUGAGCUCUGCCAGCUGCUUUACCAGAUCCACCAAUGCCUCUCACUGGACCGUGAUCCUGGGCCGUCUGAAUCAGAACGGCUCCAACCCCAAUGAGGUCUCUAUAAAAGUGGCGAAUAUCACACUCAGCAAUGGUACAGGUGACAACAUUGCAGUCUUGCAGUUGGCUGUCGCACCAACCCUCACAAAUUUCAUUCAGCCUAUUUGUGUGGACAUGGGAGACAAUACCUUCAGCGCUAACACUCAGUGCUGGGCGGCAGGAUGGGGCUCAGGAGCAGGAGGAGUGAAUCAAACUCUUCAGGAAUUCCAAACCUCUGUUGUGAGUUGUGGAAACUCAUCUUCAAACAACAGUAUUUGUACAAGUUCCUUGAACUUACAGGAGGGUGAUCAGGGUGGUCCGCUGAUGUGUAAGGUGGGUCAGUCAUGGAUCCAUGCUGCUGUUUUGACAUUACAGAGCAGCAUACAGACUAGCAUUACAAACAGCAGCAGCUCUAACACAAGCUCCAGCAACAGCACUCUAGCAUCCCGCUCUGCUCACGCUCAAGAUGUCCAGGUCUUCACUAAAACAUCCAGCUUUGCCUCAUUCCUGACAUCUGUUGUGGGUUCCUUCCCUGCAAAAGCCACAAACUCCACAAAUUCAACUACAAGUGCAGGGGCAAACAACCCAACCCAAGGUGCCUUUAAUGGGGCACAAGCAUCUUCUUCCUUCUGUUUUACCAUUUCAGUCCUCUUGCCUGCACUUACAGCUCUUAAAAUCUUUCAAGGCAUCAAUUGAGUCUUUUGAGAUGAAUGCGACUAAGUAUUCAGACACAUAAUAGAUCUUCAAUGUGCUUCUUAUGACUGAUUACAUAAUCAUACAAUAUAAAAAUCUUUUGUGGGGCACGUCAUUCAUUUUUACAAAGCAAAUGUGAACAUUUAAGAUCUCUAUUGUUAUCUCAGACCAUGAAGCUGCUGCCUGUUGUUCUUACGCUGUACAAUUACACUGUAUGAUUUUACAAGUGCAGAGUUAAUAAUGUUUGUAACCGGACGUUACAAACAUUAUUAAAUAUUACGUACAUUUACACUGUAGCAGAUGCAGCAUGUAGUUGUUAUGCAGCUUGGCACUUUAUGGAAAUGUCCUUUGAGUGGUUCAGUUCUAAUACUGACUAUACCGUAGCUUAACUAACAAGUACCUCAAGCUGUACCACAUUUGGGACAUUACUGUAAGUUAAAUAAAUUAAAGAGUAAAAUAUAUCCAUUUUAUUCAUGCUUGGAAAAUUAUUCUUG